UGACCAUUCACUCGUUUCUUUCAUUAUUACCCACCAACUUUCGCUCUUUUUUCAACACAUUAGGUACAAUCUCAGGAUCAGGUUCUGUCCACUCUGGUUAUCUGUUCUGUUCAAUUCGUUCUUUUAUCUACAUUUUGUCGCGUCAUGUUUCGAUGCUCGCUCAGAGAAGCUAAGUUCUCGCUCUGCAACUGAAAGUCGACGUCGAACUUUGAGCCAGCCCCCCUUCAUCCCGGACAAAACAAUGAGGAUCUCCUCACUGUUUCCCGCCGGCGAUGCUUCACUCCUAGGGCUAUCUCACCUACUCUCUCUCCUCUCCCUCCCGCUGGCUAGAGCAACCCUCUUUACUGAAGUACCUCCUCCACCGCUCGACCUUGGUCCACUAGGCCGCAUUGCCCUGACGGGAAAUUUCGAUGCAAUCUCGCUAUACAUAUACCAACAACAGCGAGACGAAGUCCUUGCCGUCUACAAUGGCUCCCAGUCCCAGUCGUUGAUCGCCCCCCUGCCCAAUGGCGGCCUUGCUCCCAUCUCUUCUGCCGAUGCGGACAUACUAGCCCUGUGCCCGCUAGAAUCGAGAGACGGUUCGCUGGAAAAACUUGUCGUUGGAGGAAAUUUUACUAGUCUGGGAGGUAUAGAGUCGCAGGGGCUCGCACUGUUUGAUCCCAGUUCGGGAACAGUGUCUGCUAUUUCAGGGCUGUCGGGUCGGGUUCUCGCUUUACUUUGUGAUUCCGGCAAGGUUUACGUGGGCGGCGACUUUGAGAGGUCAAACUCGUCAAAUGCCAUAUCCUGGUCUCGAGAUUCUGGGUUUUCCAACCUCCCUUUCGGCGGCUUCAAUGGGCCGGUCACUUCAAUCGUUAAAGGCUCCGACGAUCAUAUCAUAUUUGGAGGAUCUUUCGACGGCCUAGGGAAUGCAACAACUCCUUCCAUGAAAGACCAACAAAUGGUGAACCUCGAAACAGCCGAGAUAUCCGCCGGUGGGAGUACGAUAAGGCCGGGGUUUGGCGAUCCGCGAAAUGUGGUUUGCAGGGCUACGAAACAGGACGGCGAAGGCACCACUUGGCUUCUCUCUGAUCAGCAGCCCGGGUACUGGCAGUCACAAAUGAGAUUCGGGUUCCAACCCACGAAAUUGAGGCUCUGGAACACGCACUUUGAAGGACGGGGGACCAAGAUGUUCCGGUUUAUUGCAUUGCCCGACACUGGAAUCCUAAACAUGACUUAUACUGACCCCGAAACUGGAGACCAAGUGGCAUGUGACGCUAGAUGUCCGCUUUCCGACGAUCCUGCUGAGGAAUUUCGUGAUUUCCAUUUUGUUAACACUGUUGGUAUGAAUGGCUUCCGGUUGGAAAUCUCGGAGUUCUAUGGUCAAGGUGGAGGGCUGAAUGGUGUGGAACUGUUCCAAGAUGACAUCUACUCUUAUGCGCUCACCGAUUUUAACGAACCAACUUGUGCCAAUAUCCCUUUUGGUUCUACAGCUACCAAGACAGGAAGCUGGACAGUUAGUCCCUCAGUUGAUAGUUCGGCAGAUUAUCUAAGUGCGCAGGUCGAUCCCUCAACAGCUUCAUCUACGUCUGUGACCUUUUUCCCGGACAUCAAACAGUCUGGCAACUAUUCUGUUACAAUAUUCACUCCAGGCUGCAUCCAAGAUGGAACCUGCGCAACAAGAGGUGUCGUCAAUGUGACUGGAGUUUUUUCUAGACGGGAUGAAAGCCCGGUUCAGACUUUCAUACAUCAAACCAAUAACUUUGACAAGUAUGAUCAGAUACACUUUGGACGCGUUGAUGCCGGCAGUAGCGACUUUCGACCAAAAGUGACACUCUCUGCGCGGACCGGGCAAGGUAGUAUUAACAUAGUUGCGUCUCGAGUUCGAUUCCAGUUGAUUUCCUCUACCGGCGGCCUUAAUGGUCUGUUCGAUUACAAUCCAGACGAAAAUGAAUUCAAUACAAACUUCUCCAUGUCUGCUAUUAAUACGGCAGGGAAUGACCUGGAGCGUGGAGCUGACGUCAAUGCUCUAGUGUACAAAGACAAUACGUUACUUGUGGGCGGGAACUUUUCAAAUUCAACUAUUCACAACAUCCUAUCUAUCACAGAUGGUCGCGUGGCUAGUUUAUCUGGUGAUGGGUUGAACGCAGCAAUCUCGUCCUUAGUCUCACAUGAUGAUCUCGUGUAUGUGGGCGGCAAUUUCACGGACUUGGCCGGAGGUGAAAACGGAAAGCUAAAACACGUUGCUGCAUACUCGAUUUCCGAUGAUACCUGGAUACCAUUGGGAUCGGGCGUGAAUGGCUACGUUAAAUCGCUUGUGCGGUUCCCGGUUAACAUUUCCUCCACCAAAAUCGAGUCAGCGAUUGCUGUAAGCGGGGACUUCUCUCAAAUUGAGGAAUCGGAUGGACGCAAAGCUAUUCCAGCCAGGGGAUUUGCUGUGUGGGUUCCGUCGGAGAAGAAGUGGCUACAGGAGCUUGAUGUCAGUCAGAUGGCGUAUGCCGGACAGCUUACAACCUCCAUCAUGUCAGGAAACGAUACGAUAUUGGCAGGCACACUUGCAUCAGGUGGAAUUUCGUCUCAUGGCGCCGUUGCCCUAAGAGAGGAUAGCGGUCUCGCUCUGCAACCUCUACCAGUCAAGAUUCAACAGACAUCCGACUCAAGAUCGCGACAGAAAAGGGCUCUGCUUGAAAACAAUGGCUCUCAGGUUGUAACAACGGGUCUUUUUGAUAAAGCGUCAGGACGCAACCUUACGGUCUUAGUCGGUCAUUUUAGCGCGACAGCGUCAGACGGCUCCACCAUUCAGAAUGUUCUUUUGAUCGACGGCUCUGAUGAUGAAGAGGUGACCGGUCUCGGCUCAGGACUAAACUCUAAUUCGACCUUUCUCUCUGCUGCAAUCCAUCGAGACUCCCUCUUCCUUGGAGGCAAGGUGAUGGGUCGGGUUAGUUCAACUGACGUCGUAGGACUCGUUGUCUAUGACCUCUCCAAGAGAGAAUUUCUCGCGAAUCAACCCGGUGUCCUGGAAGGGGAAGACGUGAUUGUGAAUUCUAUUGCUCCACGUCCUGACUCUAACGAGAUUUACGUCGGCGGUGAAUUCGAUUCUGCUGGUUCCUUGCCAUGCCCCGGCGUGUGUGCUUUCCAAGCGGAUGCCUCUCAAUGGGUCAGACCCGGAUCUGGCCUUCAAGGAGCUUUGUCUGUCCUAAAAUGGGUGUCAAAGGAGAAGCUUAUCGCUGCUGGCAAUAUGACCGUCGGUGGUAAUCAAACUACGCUUGCUAGCUAUGAUGCGAAAACGCAGAUUUGGUCCUCAAUUGAUGGAAAAUCCUCUAAUCUAAUCACCGGCCCUAUUACAGCCCUUGGACUUGCCAGGCAGGAUGGCUCUCGAUUUUGGGUUGCAGGAAAAUCUGGAGGUGGUUCUCCAUUCCUAGCUUUCUUUGAUGGAAGCGAAUUUCAUUCUGCUGGUUCGCUUUUCGGCGAACAGACAACCAUCAAAGGUUUGCAAGUACUCGCGCUUCGCGAAGAUCACAGCGAUUCUCGACUCAUCGAAAAUAAUCUCGCUCUGCUUUUGACGGGCCAGCUCCAAUUGCCAAGAUUUGGAAUUGUUUCUGGAGCGAUCUAUAAUGGAUCGACCGCGGAGCCUUUUAUACUUUCUAGCACAGCAGAUGGAAAGCCGGGCAGUAUUAGUGGGCUGUUUACCGAAAAUGAGAUCGAGCUUAGUGGUGGUCGCAAACCACAUUCCAGGGGAAUCGUCGUGCUUGUAUCUUUCUGUAUUGCCCUGGGUUGUAUAUUCUUGAUCGUACUCAUUGGCAUCAUUCUUGGUCGCAUACGGCGUUACCGACAGGGAUAUGUUCGUGCUCCACAAGGCAUGGAUCGGAAGCCGGAUCUUCGACGUUUGCCGCCGGAGUAUCUCUUGGAUUCCCUUCGUCAACGUGCACCUGGUGUUCCGACAAUCUGAUUGCAACGAUUUUUGUCUUCCUUUCUUCGUCUCAUCACUUAAUACACAUUGGAAAAUUGGCGUUAUGGGAGCGGCAAAUACCCAUGUAUGGCUUUCGAGUCUUCUUGACUAUCUUUUUGCUCUGGGUAUAUGGCUUGCAUUUACAUACUCCCUUUGUUGCCUCGAACCUAGUUUCUAGGGAACUUUUACUUUGCUCGAAAGGAUACAUGCACCAUAUGUCUUUAGAAUAGGCCUUUGGUCUUUAAUAAUUGUCCACACCCCGAAUUUCUUUUGCUCUUCAACCACCCACAUGUCCAUGCCUGGACAAUUUCUUCUCUUCUUUUGAUCUUUUUUGUUUAGCACGACUCGAGGCCCGAGGGUUCCUCCCCCACGGGCCGUUUCUCCCAUAACCACCACUCCGGAACGACUUCCUUUCCUUUAUUCAUGUUGAGCCUUGUAGAAAGGGCAGGAUUGUUUGGUGUUGUACUUUAGGCAUUAAUGAGAUAAAGUAUAUGGCACUCGGAAA